UUGGAUGGAAACAGAAGGAAAUAGGGUGGAAGGCAUCACUGUAAGACUGUUGGUUUCAAUAAUCAAUCUAAACCUUAAUGUCACAGUCUGAAUAACUUGCACAGAAGAAGGAAGUAUAUAGGUGGGUGUUGUUUGUUGGAACGGCUUUGUCUUAAAAAGCUGCUCAACAACUGUAUCUCAAUAGACACAUAUUAGUACAUAAGGGAAGAAGACACUCUGAGGUGACAAAUGUCUGCAGAAAGAGAGGAACUACAGGAGGCCUUGUGCCAGUACACCACAGAUACCCUUAUCUGCAUUGACACAGUGAGAGGAUUCUGUGAGAAGAUCCCUAAAUGGAUGCUUGGGAGGGAGACAGAGUUAAACAUGAUUAUGGACAUUAAAGACAGAGCUGACAAAAUCGACCUGAGCAUUGGCCAUGUUAAACAGUCAGAGAACAAAGGCAAGGCUUUGCUGGAAUACAUGAAGAGCAAGGCGACCCAGAUGACUGCAGACAGCAGGCGUAAAGAGCUGGAGAGGGAGCUGGCUGCUGUGCUGAAGGACACUCUGGGAGGCCUGGAGAAGCUCAACUGCUUCCUGGAUGCAGUGGAGAGGCUGGCGGUCACCUCGCUGCAUGUGUUUAAUGAGGAGAACCGGGUGUCGCAUCUGCCCCAAGAGAUCAGCCCUGACACUGUUCAGGUUGUCAUCAUUGCUGCACGGCUGGUCUGCCCACUCCUCCUCCAGUUUAAAAGAGAUGCAAAUGCCUUCUUCCUUCCCAAACUUCAGAAUGUGGAAGUGCUCACAUAUCAGUUGGACAAAUACAUCCAGACCACCCAGAAGAUCUGUGACAAGUUAGAGAAAAGCUGUUUCAGUGAGUUUUCCCUGGAGAUGGCUACGAAUACUGUGGUAGACCUCGAUGUGAAUAUGUCUGAAGAUGACAUACAAAGGAUGCUUUGUCACAUUAAUCAGCUUGAGGAAAUCAGGAUGGACCAGCACUUCCGGAUGGUGUUCUUGUUCGAGGAGGAAUCAUGUCAUCACUUCAUCAGUGAGUUUGAUGAACGACAGCCCAGGAUGCUGCAGUUUCUAAAUGACCUGGAGGAGAGUGCUGUUCAGCUAGACAGGAUGAAUAAGGGGGCAAAGAUCUCCAGCGUGGCAGGAAGCUCGGUUGGCGCGGUUGGAGGUGUUCUUUCCAUCAUUGGUUUGGCAUUAAUUCCUGUAACAGCCGGAGUGUCUCUCGCUCUGACAAUGACUGGGGUGGGGCUGGGAAUUACCAGUGGAGUUAACAGCGCUGUCACCACAGCCACAGAGAUUGGAGUCAACCGCACAUAUCAAAAGAAAGCCAGUGAAGCCUUCAAGAGCUUCAUGGAGGAUGUGCAGAGUCUCCAGGAUUGUCUGGACGAGGUCACCAACAGGGAAGCAAGUCAGAUAGAUGUGGCUGUGGGAGUAAGCAAGGUGCUUUGUAAAGUUGGUCUUGUUGGAAAAAGCAUAGAUUCAUUUGUUGAUGCUGCCUCUGCUGUUAAGAUGUUGAAAAGUGAAGAGCUGAUUGUAGGUGCUGGUAAGGUGGUGGCCCAGGAAGGUAAAGCAUUACGUAACGUGCCCAGAGUGGCAUCAGAUAUCCCAGAUAUUGGUCAGGCAGCAGUCAAAGGGCCCCUUGCUCUCUCCAAGUCAGCCAGGGCUGGUUUCAUUGCGCUCAAUGCUCUUUUCGUUGGCAUGGACAUCUUCGUCAUCUGUAAAGACAGCAUCAGUCUGGCCAAAGGCAACGAGACCGAAGUCUCACAGUUCAUCAGAGCCAGAGCUGCACUUUGGAGCUCAGAGAUGGACUCGUGGAAGAAAAUCCACGAUUCGCUGUGUCAGGGUCUGCUGACAUCGGAAAAAAAACAAGCUAUUCUGGGGACGCCAUUUGAGCCAGAGAUGGAGAUCAAGAAAGAUAAAGAAACAGAAAUGGAAUUUCCAUCCGGUGGAUGAAAAAGUGAAAGAAAAACAGUCUUGUGUAAUACAGUAGAACCAGCAGUAGUCUCACAAAGUGCUUUUUUGACAACUCUGAUUAAGGUGAAUGAAACAUGUAUGAAGAUUCAAUCUUGCUAACAGCUGUAAAUCAUUGAUCAGUGUUGAACAUCAUUUAAGUCUGUUCAUGAGAAAUUCUUAAUUA